AACAUCAAACUUGGUAGGACUUGGCAUUUGCUACAAAAAAACGGAACAAGUUCUCAUUCGUAAAAUUUGCGAAUGAAAGUGAAACAACCGAAUAUCGGGGGGGUACCGUUAUAUGGGGGCUAUACGAAGACGUGGACCUGCAUAGACAACUUUCUGUAAUAGGCUGUAGUAUCCCUUAGGGACUUCAAAUAUCAAAUUUGAAUUUCAGUGAAUAAUGUCGCUAAAAUCAUCAAAAUACCGAAUAUCAGGAGGUACCGUUAUAUGGGGGCUAUAUGAAAACGUGGACCUACAUGACCCAUUUACGAACUUAUCCUGUCUACUGGAAAAAUAAACAUGUCUGCAAAGUUUUAGCCUUCCAUCUUGAUUCGUUCGAAAGAUAGCGUGAUUACAACAGAUAGACGGACAGACAGACAGUCGGACAUCGCUAAAUCGACAUAGAAUUUUACGCUGAUCAAAAUAUAUAUACUUUUUUGGGUCUGACAUGAGUAUUUCGAGGAGCUACAAACGGAAUGACUAAAUGAAUAUACCCUCCAUAGUAUGGUGGAGGGUAUAAAAAUACUACAAACAGCCAUUAAAUGAAGCCACUCUAAUAAUGAGUUUCAUAAUUUUUGUCAAUAUACAAAUAGAACAAACAUUCGGUUCACUUCAAACGUCUUUAUUUUCGCCGAAAUUGCAUAAUUUUUGGUCAACUACAUUUCUUGAGCGUCAUUUAAUAUCCCUGGGACUGAGUGCGCUGAAAUGGCAACGGUUAAAUUUCGCCAAUUAAUUGACAUGGCAAUUGGAUCGCCAGAACCGGGACAUGUGAAUUUCUAUGCUCUACAUUGCCUUCUGAAUUGCAUUGCGGAAAAGCUGAAUAUUCUCGAUGACCCCAUUGAAUAUUCAAAAUAUGAAUCUUUGAUUAUGUGCUCUGCAUCUGCCAAAGUAUUCAAUCAAGAUAUAAAGAAUUGUUUUAAUUGUGGCGUAAGAACAGAAGGAGGAUCCGACCGAGAGAGUCAAAACAAUGAAGAAUUAAAAGGAUCGGCAACGGAAGUCACUCCUGGGCCCAUUACGACGCCUGUUGAAAACGAGAAACCACAGGAAGUCGCUCCCGGGCCCAUUGCAACGACUGUUGAAAACGAGGAACCACAACUUCAUGAAAUUGUUGCCGAGGUUGUUGCCAUUUCUCCUCUUCCAGAAGAAAUUGAAGAAGUUGUCCGUAAUUCUGGGACAACAAAGAAAAAUAACAAUCCUACACCAUCUGUUAUAUCUGAUGAAAAUAUGAAAGGACCCUCCUCUGAAAGAAAACAAUCCAAUGAUUAUUCUUCUAAUUAUCGCACAUCCAAGAUAGAGGGACUUGAAAGUAAAGUUGCGGAAUUCGAGGAUCUAUUCGUUGGUGUGACAAUCAUGAAGGACCAAUUGAUGUUGGCUAUCGAACAACUACUUCUUUUGACAUUUCUAACCCUUAGCAAAAAACCAGAUGAACAUAGAAUACAUCAACUUUUAGACAUAACGAAGGCACUUCGCGUCGCACGCACCGAGAAUAUCAACAUCAAAAGUUCUCAUCGUUUUGACAUACCCGAAAUACAUUCGUUAGAAUGGCAUUUGUCCGAUUUAGAACUGGGGGAAGGUGUAACAGAGCAGGAUAUUUUGGAGGCACAGUCAUCGUGCACAAGAGCCACUGAACCAAACACUGGAGAGAAACAAUUCAGUCAACACGAUCUAGACGGAUGUCUUUGUUACUCGCCCGGAAAAAUGCUUGACCAGUUAUUGGAACUAAAGGGCGAUUUCUGCACACUCACUAAUAAAGUAAACGAGAUCACGGCAAGGCUGGUCAAGCAGGAACGCCAACAAGCCAUGAUACUUAUUGAAGAGCUCCAGGAGCAAAUGCGCGAUGUCAGAUUCAAUGUAAACAAUUUAACGGAACGACUCGAACGAUCAGACAUCCGUUUGACGAACAACACUCUAAACCUGGAGAACGUCAAGAGGAGUAUUGACUCACUCGUCAGCGAAAAAGUGAGCAAGGCCGAGGUAGAUAUAAUGUUUGCCGAUAAGGUUGACUACGACCAACUGCAGAGAAAAGUAUCACUUGAUCAACUGCUUGAAGUGCAGUGCCGCAUAGAUAAACGUUUCUGCGAAGCUUUCAAACAGAUCAAGGACGCGGACAAAAGACUCGAAGAGACUGCUGAAACUUUGCGCCAAACUCUGGGAUUUGCAUCCAUUGACCGUAUACUGCAAGAAUUCAAGCAGAAAGUCGAAUUAGAAAUUCAAUCAAUACGCGUCUUGUUGCAAAAGUAUGUGGAUGCAACGAACGACGAUUGUGCUGCAGCGGGAGCUCGUAUCAAAGUCCUACAGGACCUGGCUUGUUUGUCGUGCGAUACCACUUGUGUUAUGCGCACCAUGGAGAAAACUAAUGUGGCCAAACUACCCAGUGCACAUGUCUCUCAAAGUUUAAGUCCUCUUAUCACAUACGAGUUGGGCGCCAUUCGCAAAAACGGAGGUCUUCCGCAGACACGACAUGCCGGCGGUGUUCAUACAACCAGUACAGCACGGGAACGGGUCGACAAGGUUUUGCUCAGUGGAAAAUAACACCAACUAUGGUUUAACAUUUAAAUUAUGUCCAUUUCAUUUUAUUUGUUUAUCGGUAUUUACUGUUGAAAAAUAAAUAAUUCGACACGGCAUUUGAAAAU